CCCAUUCUUUUUUAAACGUCAUCACGUAUUUACGUGAGUCGACUCGUCUUGUAUUGGCUUUCCAGUGUUUCCUGAGUCCUGAGUGGCGCAGUCAGUCAAACACGAAGGCCACCAUGGUGCUGAACCCAGUCAUUUCCAAACUUGCUGGUAAACUGGUGGUGCUGGCCAGUGCCUCUCCUAGAAGACUAGAGAUUCUCCGUAACGCGGGUUUGCGUUUUGAGGUAGUGCCAUCUUGGUUUAAAGAAACCCUCGAUAAGAGACUUUUCAAAGCACCUCAUGAGUAUGCUGUUGAGACGGCCAAGCAGAAGGCUCUGGAGGUGGCCAGGAGGAUGCCUUUAAAACACCUGAAGACUCCAGACGUAGUCAUUGGAGCAGACACGAUUGUGACUGUGGAUGGCAUAAUUCUGGAGAAGCCAGUGGACAAACAUGAUGCAUACAGGAUGCUGUCAAGCCUGAGUGGGAAAGAGCAUAGCGUUUUCACUGGUGUUGCUAUCGUCCUCUGCCAUGAGAAAGAAAAUGAGGUAGACUACCAGCUGAUAGACUUCUAUGAAGAAACAAAGGUGAAGUUUGCUGAUCUCUCUGAAGAUAUGCUGUGGGAGUACAUCAAUAGUGGUGAACCCAUGGACAAGGCUGGCAGCUAUGGCAUUCAGGCUCUUGGUGGGAUGCUGGUAGAGUACGUCCAUGGAGAUUUCUUAAAUGUUGUGGGCUUCCCCCUCAACCACUUUUGCAGACAGCUGGACAUCAUUUACAACCACUGUCCCUCGAUUUCCAACAAAACAAACGAGUCUGUCCCCCUGAUCCACAAGGACUCUCAAUUUUCAUCAGAACUCACCCAGCAGUCACCUCGCUCCUGUGGAGACACACCCACUCGCCACAAUGCCAGUCCAGCUCAUAAAGUUAAAAGGAAAGAUGGCGACAGAGAAAGUUCCUGGACACCUGUUAACGGCUUGACAGAACUCGAUGAGGCUGAGCUUCUAAACUCUGAAAGUUCUUCAUCACCAUUAAUAAGAAGUGGAGAACGAAGGACGGAGCUAAACGUUACGGAACAUGAGCACACAGAACCUAAAAAAGAAGAUUUGGAGCAGAUUUCUAAACUUCUGGAUGGAUUCAAAGCAUCCAAGGCCUUGUUUACAGCAUCCAAGCUGCGUGUGUUUGACCUGCUGCACACCAACGCCGAGCUGGAUGUAGAACAAGUCGCCCAGGAGAUAAAAGCCUCUGUGAGGGGGACUCGGUGCCUCCUAGAAGCAUGUGUCUCCCUAGGAUUGUUGAAGACCAAAGAAAAAAGCUCCAGGCCUGUGUACCGGAACACAGAUCUAGCUACACGUUUCUUGUGCUCGGAUGCUCAUUUCUCCCUUCAUGGGUACAUUCAGUACUGUAACGAUGUAGUGUGGCCCCUCUUCUCCCUCCUUGAGAGUGCUGUCCUGGAGGGAUCUAGUCAGCGGGAGAAGCUCCAGGAAUCCCAGAGUGCUGCGUACAACAGCCAAGAAGUCCGACUGAGAUUCAUGAGCGCCAUGCACUGCACUGCUAGGAUCGGAGCGACAGCCGUAGCUGUGGCCUUUGACCUGUCCAGUUAUAAAACUGCCUGUGACCUCGGAGGAUGCACCGGUGCAGUGGCCAAUGAGCUUGUUAAAGCUCACCCUGAACUCUCGGUUUCUGUGUUUGACUUACCUGCUGUUGUAGAGCUGAGUGAACAUUUUCACCCGCAGCAUGCAGACAACAGGGUGUCGUUCCAAGCUGGAGACUUUUUUAAAGAUGAAUUACCCAAAGCAGACCUGUACAUCCUGGUCAGAGUCCUUCAUGAUUUGACUGAUGAGAAGCUGCAUGUUCUCCUGAGUAAAGUUGCAGAUGCAUGCACUCCAGGCUGCGGCCUCCUGCUGGGAGAGAUCUUUCUGGAGGAAAACCGAAGCGGUCCGAGUCUCGGGCUGCUGCAGGCUCUCAGCAUGAGCGAGGGGAAACAGCGAAGCGCAACAGAGUACAGUCAGCUUUUGAAGAACUACGGUUUCAUCACGGCGCAUGUCAAACACACAAACGGCCUCCUGGGUGCAAUGCUCUGUAUAAAAGCAUGAAUAACCAUGGCUGUCCUGUAAUGUGCAUUAUAAUGUACACUGUGUGUUGCAGGUAAACGUUCAGUAUGAAGCACUAAGAUUUCUUUAGUGUUUUCAUCUUUUAAUGUUUCUGUCAAAAAAGUGCACAUUUAGGCACAAAGUUCAGGCUCGUUUAUCAUGAACAUUCUUGUUUCGGAACAUGGUGAGAUGUUUUUUUAGUCCUCUAGAGACUGAGGGAAGACUGUUUCUCCAUUUAAUAAUGGCAACUAUGAAAAGUUUACAUCUUCAGUAACUUAAUCAUCAGUUAUAAGGAGAUUUGCUGUUUUAGUUGCAUCACCAUCUUUUUUUUUUCUAAAACAAUUCCACAAUUUUCCACACCACCAGUAAGUGCAAAGAUCCUGCAACCAUUGUUAUAAAUACAUCUUAUUUAUAAGAACCAUCAUCCAUAACUCCUGAUUUUUGCAUCUCUUGUUGACUCAUGUAAGAACGAAGAGCGAUGCAGUUUAUUAGACUCUGGGCAAUGACGGGGUUAUUGUUAAAGCUAUUUUAAGACUUGAGCAAAGAAGCUCAACCAUUUUUGUGCAUCUGACUGGCUUGACAGCACACUUUCAUUUGACAUUCACAUUAAUUCAUAUAAAGUCAAGUCAAGAAUUGGGUUUUAGACCACCACAGGUGGUCAUCCUUUACUCAUUCUGCAAAGCAACUCUUGGUCAAAAUAACAAUCCUUCCCAUCUUAGAUAACGGUGACAUUAUUUAUAGGACUGCUUCUGAAAAACUUCUUCAUAAACUCGAUGCCAUUUAUCACUCAGCAAUCCGUUUGGUCACUGGUGCCCCUUUCACUACUCACCAUUCCCGCAGGUUGUUACAUUGGUAUCGGUUCAUAUACAAAACAAUCGUCGGUAGAACACGUCAUAUUUUCGCUCAUUACUCAUCACUUCCAACAAGCAGCGCAAUUUACGUUCCAGUAACUUCAUCUCUAUGGUUACUCCCAAAGCUCACACCUCCUCAGGCCGCUCCUCAUUCCAGUUUGCUGCUUCCAACGACUGGAAUGAGCUGCAAAAAACACUAAAGCGGACUACCUACAUCCCAUUAGCUACCUUCAAUAAUUCAUUGCAAUCAAUAGUUUCUGACCAAUGUGCUUCUGAAUACUUAAAGUCCAUUAACCCCUCUUAUGGUUAGAGGUACCAGAAAAGAAGAGAAGGUACUAUUUUAUACACUAAAGUAUUUAUGUGUAUGGUCGCUUCUGAGCCAAUGGAAAUGACUCACUCGUAAUUUAGCCUCAGAACAGACACAAAUAAACAUUGGUACCUAAACAUCCUCCCAGAGGAACUCCAACCAUCCAAGAAAAAUUGAAUGAACAUCGUCUUUGUAAGCGUGAUGGAGCACUGUCAGAACAAAAAGGAACCUGUGGUCAGUCCUCAAGAGGAAUGUGGGAAAAAAUAAAAACUCAACCCUAACCCUGAAAAUAUCCACAAGCGUUUAUGCAGCAAUGGGCUGCUAGCCAAAUGCGUUUAAUGUUCAAAAGAUAAGAAAAAUCCCGCUUCCAGAAAUUUCAAAUGCACACGUGGUUCCUGUUAAGAUGUUUGCAUCCUAAAUACUUGAGUAUUAUCGAUCAAAUCCUCUCAUUUUAAUUGCACAUGGAAAACCUUAUCACAAAGCUGAAACUGAAUCGGUUUUCAAUGACAAAAUUCUGUUUUUCUCAGAAGGGAAGGGAACACAAUCUCUGCAACCUUUAGAUUAUGCUGAUUUGCUGUUUUUGUCUGCACCUGAUAAAUGCUGAAGAAACUGGGCUGCACUGUGUUUUAUCUAGUUCUGGUCAUCGCGUACCUCACAGCUUUCUGUAGUUUACUCAUUGGAUGUCUACAAGUCUCUCCUUGGUAUUCUUGGACUCACCUUGCAGAAUUGUCAAAAACCUCAUGUUCUAGUACUGCUGACCAAAUGUCUUCCCCAACCAGAACAGAAUAAAGACCUCUUCAUUUUUUUA